CUAUAUUACAACCGGUCUGCUGUAAGAUCACAAUUAGUUUGAAGAACCAGACGGAGUCAUGAUGAAGUGGGCUCUUUUGCUGUGCGCCCUAGUGGUUCUUUCUGAGUGUUGUAUCAGGAUCCCUCUGAUUAGGGGAAAGACUGCCAGAGAGACCCUAAUGGACAAGGGUAUAUGGGAGGAGACCAGACAGAAGUACCCCUUUAAACCCAUGGCCAAGUUCCUCCAGACAGGGGAUGUGGCUGUUACCAACGACGCUAAUUUGGCCUACUACGCCGUGAUCUCCAUUGGAACUCCUCCCCAGUUCUUCAAAGUCAUCAUUGAUACGGGCUCCUCCAACCUGUGGGUGCCCUCUGUGAACUGCUCCAGCACAGCCUGCCAGAACCACACCAGAUUCAACCCUGCCAAGUCCAGCACCUUCACAUGGGCCAACACGUCGGUUUUUGUUCAGUAUGGAACUGGCAACUUUUCUGGACUGCUGGCCUAUGACAAUGUAACGGUGGGAAGCAUUUCUGUGAGCCAUCAGAUUUUUGGACUCAGUCAGACAGAGGCUGACUUCUUCGCCUCUGUGGUUACUGACGGCAUCAUGGGACUGGCUUUCCCCAGCAUUUCGGCGUCUAAUGCCACACCUGUCUUUGACAACAUGAUCACCCAGGGCCUGGUGAACCAGAGUCUCUUCUCCAUCUACCUGAGCAGAAAUCCAACUGGCAGUGUGUUGACCUUUGGUGGUAUUGACUCUAGCUACUACACUGGACAGAUCACCUGGAUCCCCCUGUCCGCUCAGACCUACUGGCAGGUCAGCAUGGCCAGUGUUAGAGUGAAAGGCAAAGUUGCGGCUUGUACUGGUGGCUGCCAGGCGAUCGUGGAUUCUGGAACCUCUCUGAUUAUCGGGCCAGACAGUGACAUCAACAAUAUAAACAACUUGAUUGGAGCCACAACAGACCAGAAUGGAGAUACCACUGUGAACUGCAGCAACAUCUCCAAUCUGCCCGCGGUGACCUUUACCCUCAGUGGAAGCUCCUUCACCCUCCCAGCAUCUGCCUACAUCUUACAGAUCUCCAAUGUCUGUUUUUCUGGUUUUAGUCCCGGCUCCCCAGACUUUUGGAUCCUCGGGGAUGUUUUCAUCCGACAGUUCUAUGUCGUCUUCAACAGACAGAACAACAUGAUCGGCCUGGCCCAGGCUGUCAACGUCUCGUCAGCUACCAACGCCUCGUCAGCUGUCAAUGAGUGUGUUUACACGACUCUCGGCUUUCUCCUCUCUGUCUGCUUCUCAUUGGUCUGUGUUUACUCUGGGAGCCCAAUUCUGAGCUUUUUAAUCUGAUUGGAAAAGAUCUGAUCUUAAUGGGGAAAAAUACCAAUUAAUAUAUGAAACUCCCCACAAAAGUUCAAUUACGACCUUCGUCUGCCAAUCAAUAAAACAUGUAAACUCUAGUUAAAAAGAGUUAGUGAAAAGUUUACGACAGUUGAGCUGAGAUCAUUUCAUGAGGAAAUGACAAGUUACACAUUUCUAGAGAAAAAGAGUAAAUGGGUAUUUCAUUAAUCCAGAAAUAUACAAUAUAAUGAAGCAAUUUUCGAUUAGAUUAGUUUCAACUUUAUUGUCAUUGAACAGUACAAGAACAGUACAAUGAAAAAUGUCCCAUUUAAAGGCUCAAAACAGUGUUUGUAAUUGUACUAUUAUACCAUGUCUGUCCAAUAAAUCACUGUGUAUUUAAUGA